AAAGUGUGUAGAGAGACAGUGGAAGGUUUUAUGGAAUUCCUGAGUUGCACUCACCCUGAACACCUCCACACGCUCGCAACCCCGUCAACCUUUUCUCUAACGCAGCGCGUGCACGUACACGCAAAGGACCAGCACACGCCCGUAAACCCAACGAACCGUGCUUCCAACUUUCAAGCAUUACAUUAUUAGUUGCUCGAAUCUCUCCGUUGGGAUGACUACUUGAUAUCGAGCUUUCAUAACACAAAAAGAUGAAGAAAACUAACGUAUCGAAUCUACUACACUCCAUAUCUGUUCUCGCUACCUUGAGAGUGGUCAAUGGACAAACAACGUGCAAUGGCGGCUUAGGUCGAGUCGUUUACGAGAGACUUCCGGACCAACAACUUCAGGGUUUCGACGACGAUGUGGUACGAGACUCGGCACCGCCAUUCAGAGUCUUGGAAAAAUGUCAAGAAUUAUGUCUACGGGAUAGAACAGCGACGAACAAUUUAGUUCGUGCUUGCACGAGCUUUGAUUUCCAACCUGGCAGCAGAAUAGCUUCUUUCAGCGGGGCUGCUGAAUAUGAAGAAAGCACUUGUUACCUAACGAGAGAACAGGCGCAACCAGAAGGAAUUGGAAACCUGAUGCUAGUGCCAAACAGCGUUCAUUUCACAGAAGUUUGUCUUGGCUCCGAUAGAAUCGAAAGAGAAUGUCCAAAUCGGCGUUACGUGUUCGAGAGACACCCCAGGAAAAAACUAAAAUUACCAUUGACAGAUAUCAAGGAAGUUAGCGCGGCAAAUAGGACAGAUUGCGAGGAUAGAUGUUUGAACGAGUUCAGUUUCAUUUGCCGAUCCGCCACCUAUGACACUGCUCUGAGAAGCUGCGCUCUCAGUCGUUUUACCAGAAGAACACAUCCUGAAUUGUUGGAAGACGAUCCGAAUUCCGAUUAUCUCGAAAACACUUGUCUGAAUGCGGAACGUCGUUGCGACGGAUUAGCGGUAUUCGUCAAAGAAGAGAACAAGCGUCUUCGUGGACCAUUCGAGGUGGACAUUUACACGAAUCUUACUCUGGACGAAUGUCAAGCCCUUUGUUUAAGAGCUGAGAAGUAUUUCUGUCGGAGCGUCGAGUUCGACGAGCAAACGCGGCAAUGCGUCAUUUCAGAAGAAGAUUCCGUAUCUCAGAAGGACGAUAUUGGAAUAAGCAGCAGCCCUAGCCAUCAUUUUUAUGAUUUGGUUUGUUUAGACAAUCAUCCGUCCGUAGCACGUGGCUCCGAAUAUCCAGACAGCAGCUCCACGUCGCAUCUCUUCUCUGAUGGACGACGACCAGAUACAGCGUUUCAACGUUAUCGAAACUCCCGUUUGAGCGGUGAAUUUCACUCCGAGAUAACUGGACGCAGUCUGAGCGAAUGCCUUGACGAAUGUCUUCGACAGACCAGUUUCCAAUGCAGGAGCGCCGUGUAUUCGGAACAUUAUCACACCUGCCGGCUGAGCCGAUUCAAUCAGCGUGACGGGCACAGGAUCAUCUACGAUGCGGAUUACGAUUACUACGAGAAUCUUAUGCAUCAAUAUUUAGAUGGAGACCGAGAUAGUCCAGGGUACAGACCAGAUCCAUUAGGGCAAGAUACCAAUUUCGGCCGGCCUUCUCUAGGAAGACCUGGUUAUCCAGAGGAUUACGACAAGGGGUUCAGUAGCAGCGCAAAGCCAGAUCGAUAUCCAGAUCGAUACCCGGAUCGUCACCCGGAUCGCUAUCCAGAUCGUUACCCAGAUCGUUAUCCCGAUCGUUACCCAGACCGUUACCCUGACAGAUAUCCAGAUCGAUACCCCGAGAAAUAUCCUGACAAAGAUCGAUAUCCAGACCGUUACCCUGAUAAAUAUCCAGAUCGUUAUCCUGAUAAAUAUCCAGAUCGUUAUCCUGAUCGUUAUCCAGUUGACAGAUAUCCCGAAAGAUAUCCUUUAAACGGGCAAUAUCCAAUUGGAGCAGCAGGGGACACGUUUCCUGACCCGGUAGAUCGUUAUCCUAUCAGCGAUCGUUAUCCUGUGAGCGAUCGUUAUCCAAUGGUGGAUCGAUAUCCAUCUUCAGAUAGAUAUCCAAUCUCUGAUCGAUUUCCAAUCAGGGGCGGCGAUCGUCGUCCUAUUCAUCCUGAUCGGUAUCCUAUCCCAGAUCCUGCGGUAGAUAGAUAUCCAACAAGUGGUAGUAGAUACCCCAGCGGGAUUGCUAAUCGAUAUCCAAUAUCUCCGGGUCGUUAUCCCAGCGAUAGCGAUCGGUAUCCGAAUAGCAUAGACCGGUAUCCUAUUCCCGAAGAUCCUCUGGAUCGGUAUCCGUCCGGCAUGGCUGGUGGCAGGCCUCACGUCGAUCGGUAUCCCAUUAGCGAAAGAUAUCCUGAGAAGGAUGUUUAUCCGAAUCGAUAUCCACCAUCGUCGCACGGAGGAUACUCUCCAAACUAUCCCGACGACAUCUACAGUCCUCAGGGUCACCCAGAUCGGAAUCACUACAACGUAGGAGGAUCCACGCGUCCUUUAGGCUACGGUGGUUACAGCAACGACGGCGGAAUAAUCGGCGGCGGUUACAUAGGCGAAGGUGGAGUGUACAAUUCGCGACCUUUCGGUACAAGCGGUGGUCCAAUUAUCGGUCGGCCGCCCCUCGUGUCCAGAUGCGACGAACAGGACAACUUCCGACAAGUAGGGCCGCACACUCGAGUCCGCAAACCAUUCGUCAGGCGAUACACGACAGCGUCCUCGUUGGCCCAAUGCGAAAGGGAGUGUGCCGAUGCUAGGGACUUCGUGUGCAGAUCGUUCAAUUAUCGUCCGUACGCUGCUCCCUACGGCGCAGAAAGAGACAACUGCGAGCUGAGCGACCGUGACUCCAGGGACAUGGACAUGGGCAAUCCUGUGUACUACGACACCGGCUCUGAUUACGACUUCUACGAAAGGAAUAACGGCAGACAAGGGGCUGAUGCAGAGUGUCUGGAUGUGAGUCAAGUGUGUAGCGAGGACGGGAUGGAAUUUACUUUGAGGACACCGGAAGGAUUCAUUGGUCGGAUUUACACUUACGGCUAUUAUGAUCGCUGCUUCUUCCGCGGAAACGGGGGAACCGUAAAUGUUCUUCGGAUCAGUGGUCCCCAAGGUUAUCCUGAAUGCGGUACUCAAAGAUAUGGAGACACAAUGACGAACAUCGUCGUGGUACAAUUCUCGGACUAUGUGCAAACAGGAAGGGACAAACGCUUCAAUCUCACCUGUCUAUUUCGAGGUCCUGGCGAAGCUGUCGUCACAUCCGGCUACAUCGGUGCCGGGUAUGCCAGAUCAGGGUCUCCAAUUCCAAUCGAAUAUCUUCCAGCGGAAAAUACUCUAAGUUCUCGAGUACGUUUGCUGAUUCUUUAUCAAGGCAGACCUACGACAACCAUCGCUGUUGGUGAUCCACUCACUUUUAGGCUGGAAGCUCAGGAUGGGUACAAUUAUGUGACUGACAUCUUUGCUACUAAUGUCAUAGCAAGAGAUCCAUACUCUGGAAGAAGUGUUCAACUAAUAGACAGAUAUGGCUGUCCAGUGGACAAUUACGUAUUCCCCGGGUUGGAUCGUUUGAGAGAUGGUGACAGUCUGGAAGCGCGUUUCAACGCUUUCAAAAUCCCCGAGUCUAAUUUCUUAGUGUUUGAAGCGACCGUACGAACGUGUCGAGACGGCUGUCAACCAGCUUACUGUUCCGGUGGUACCGGAAGGAGCGAGCCAUCCUUUGGAAGACGCAGAAGAGACGUGUUAGAAAACGAUACCAUCGCAGAAGAAAAUGAAAUAAGUACAAUAACGGAGAAUAAUAUAAAUGACACGUCCCUUGUGUUGAAUUCGACAGUCGUUGAAGAUGACAGUGAUAAUGCGGAAGAGGAGGAAGAAGAGGAACAUGUGAGAGAAAUGAUCGAGGUCUUGGAUUCAAGAAUGGACAUCGACGAAGAAACAAUGGUUGAGAAACAAACUACCAUUAUGGAGAACGUUUGUAUAACUCCUAACGAGUAUUAUGGACUGGUAACAGCAGUCGCGGUGCUCGUAGUACUUCUAGCAUCUGUGGUUUUAUUAUCCAUGUUAAUUUACAGAAAAUACGCUUACACGGUAAUCACGAAGAACCGUAGAGUUGACAAAGUAUGUAAUCGAAGCAAUCAUUCGGACGAUGCUUACAGCAGUCGUGCUAAUAACUUCUCUUUCCUGAGAACGGGUCUUCAGAAACCGUUUCAAUCUACGUCGAUCUCCCGAUCGAUGAGCAACGUGAUAGGCCAACGAGUGAGCUCAUCGUCAACUGCUCUGGAGGGUGCUGUUGGAUUGUCAUCCAGCAGAAGAACCGGCUUCGACCCCAGUGAACCAAUCUACACCGAUCCAUCAUUAUUCGAAGUUGCUCGUUGCUCGUCGCCAAAACCUGUCCACGAUGACAAUUUCCAUCUCAUGUGAAGAUGUCGUGAAAUUUCCCUCCUUAACAUACGCGUGCUUAUUAUUAGUCCAAUACUUGACUCUUGAAAAUAGAAAAAAAUAGAAACAUCGACAAUCAAAAGACAUAUCGAUGAUAGAUUUUUAACACGACAGUCAAAUUGUUCAUAUUGAAAUUGCACGAUUCAUUGAUAGAAUUUGAUUUCAAUGAUGCUGAAGUUUAAUAAUACAUGUUACAAUGAUUCCUUGGUUUUUGAAUGAUUCGGAGAGACUUUUGUAAGUUUCUCAUUUCGCUGAAAUCUCUUUCUCUUUUCUGUUCUUUUUCGUGACUUUAAACACAGCUAGUCAAAUUCACUGACCACUGCCACCUAUGACUGCCAUGUCGAUAAACUGACAUACAUACUUUCACUGAUUUAGUAGAAAAAUGAACAGUUUAUCAAGAUACGUACUAUGAAUAUGUAUCGAGAUAUGUUACACUUUCGAAGAACGCAGUUUUGUUUGCAACUAUGUAAUACUAUUUUCUUUAAAAAAAAUAGGUAGAAUCUUGGAAUAAAAAUACAUUAAGUUUAGCAGUCAUAAAAAAGAAUAUUUAAAAAGCAGUUUCUGGCCAAACUAUUGCAAAGUACGUCGUCAAAUUUGAUUAUGAAAUAAUCGAGAUUGAAGACCUCUUUUUUACUUAACUUUAUAUUUAUAAUUAGAAUUGUAUUUCCUAUAUUUCCUAUUAAACUGAACUCAUAAGUCGA